CGGGUGGGACCCGCGGGCGUGCAAUUUUCUUUCGCCGCCCUCGCGCGCUGGUUGGUGGGUACUGAACUGGUCUUGCCCUGGUACCUCACCGCUGCGUUGCAAGUGCUCUGUCGGAGUAGCCAACCGACAUCACCACGCUUUUGCAUUGGCUUCGACUCCCUGAUCUUGGUCCUUGCAAUCUUGGCCACGAUCCACCAUUACUCCGACAAGGAGACGGGCAUUGCGAAGGGCGAGAGCUCUUGCUCGCUAUCAGUGGUUCCAACACAGAACUGGGGUGAAGAUCCACGACGCGAUGGCUACAACAAAGCAACCGUGGAGGAGGUCAUGGACUACACCUACCAGCCUGGCUAUGCUCAGAACCAGCAACCGCAUGGGGGAUUGGCGGGCUGGGGCCAAGCGGGUCAGGGAAAUGCCCAGGGACGAAAGCCCACGCCCCGCAAAAAGUCCAGGAGAGGAAAGCGAGAUGGUGGCUCACAUCCUCAAGGUGGUCAACAGCAAGGAGCACAAGGUGCAGCUUCUCAGUUCUACCCCCCUGGCAAUUGGGCACCAAACCCAGGCAGUGGGCCGUAUAUGUAUCCUCAGCUGCAUCAGCCCCCUGCGGUGCAGCAGCAGAGCUUUGCUCCGCCACCUCCGCCGCCCCUGCCGCAGGGACCUGUGUCUGCGCCAGACCAAUUCUGGCUACAGCAGAUGAAUCAGAUGCCGGUCCUCAACGCAGUACCUGCGGCGGCACAGAAUGCCACACCCACGGCGGCCGAGCUCCACUUGCAGAACAUCUUGGGAGCCCUGCGUCAUUCCGAAGAAACCUGGACUCCGGAAGUUCAACAAGCAGUUCAGCAGGUGGAUCAAACCAACCUGCAACUCAAUCUUGGGCAAGUUCAUGCCAGUGUGCACGAGAUCGGACGCGCCAAGACCGAAGUUGCAGAAGCAGAAGCGGCUCGACUGAGGCUGAUUACAUCAUGGAGAACUUUUCUCCAAUACAGCGUGUCUCGCUGGAAAGAAUAUGCCAGCCUUUUCCAGUCCCAGGAGACAGCCAUCCAGAAUCAGAUCGCAGCUGCAAAAGCCCAACUGAUCCAAGCACAGCGACAGUUUGGCAGAACAUCCGAGGUUGUGCGCGAUGGCUCCAUCCCGAUCUCGGACGACGAGGAGGGUGUCGACAACGCCGAAUCGAAGCAGGUCAAGGACGAGGAGAUGAAGUCAGAGGCCACGCACAAGAUCACUGCGGGCUUGUCUCAAGUGGUCAAUUCGCUUCAGCAGCUCUCCGAACAGGCCGAAGCAGAAGAGCGCAAAGCGAAAAGAUUGCGCAGCUCAGGCGAUAUUCAGCCUGGCGAGGCAAUUCAAAAUGCAGAAGAUCUGGCCGUUGAUGUGGGAUUUUGCAACGCCUUCAGAACCGAUGACUUCGUCAUGACCACGCCGAAGUGCCGGCAUGUGCGACCAUCGUUUUCUGACAAGAUCGAUAUCUGCAUCUUUUUGGACUAUGCCUGCUCCCUUCAGAGUUUCACAAUUUCACAGACAGCCUUUGCGGCUUGGACUAGCAAGCCUUGGUCGUUGAAUUUAUCACACCAGCUGUCUAUUUCAUCCGGCAGGACCGUUUCCAGCCAAGAGGGUGACGUGAUCACCUUGAUGCAAUUUUCUCAACUACAACGUGAAUUGCCUCCCCUGGAGCGUUUUGGACUUCCACGUUUUCCAGAGGAUGCCAUGGCAGGCCCUACUGACAUUCCGCUUGCACCAAUACCUCACCAUCAUCCCAUGGACGUUGAUGCUCACAAUGAUGUGGCGGCAGAUGAUUCAUCCUCCUCGCAUAUCACCAGGGCUGUAUUCCUUUAUCAUCUUGAUGAUCCUGUCGUCUUUGGUCAUAUCGACUGGACGGACUAUGAUUGCAUGAUGUCGGAUGCAGCUCAGCUUUUAGGAGUUGAUGUCGAUUCACUGGUUGCCCUCUAUGAGAUCAACGUGCCGCUGGCGGACAUUCCAUCGGACGCCAUCCCAAUGAUUGUGCACUUGGACAACGAUAUGGAGCCUGGCGAACCCAGCCGUUUGUGUCUGAUCGACUAUGAAAUGCAUGGCAACACUCAGGAGGCGCACUAUCAAACUGCACCAGUUGUGGAUCGUCAAGUGCUGAUCACACCAAUUCCUGCUACGUUGCCUGCAAUUUUCAUUCGCGCUGGAGUUGAUGUUUACUGUCAUCUUGAAGACGACCGUUGCCUUCUUUUUCACAAUCAUCACCCAGUGCUUUCACAGAAUCAUCCUUUGCUACGACCAACUCAUGGCGAUUACUUGAAGCUCGUGAUUCCGCCUUCCCUGUACUGCGACGAGCCCACGCAGCCUCUACUAUGGCGCCGGCAGCAGCACAAUGAGCUCACCCAUGGUGAAUCUCCAAGUUGGUCUGAAACUUCAGGAUAUUCUCCAAGCCUGCUUGAUCCGGCCGAUCUCCGUGCUCAACUUGGGCUUCCUGAUCCAGAAGCAAGUCUUCUCCUCCAAGUGUCUGCAGCGCUGAACAUUGACGAGGCCAAUCUCGACAUUUGUCGGCGUCCCACUUUGCAGCCACCGCGACUUGUGGAUAUCAUUGAUGCUGGCUGUUCAGAAUACAUUCCAAGUCGAAAGCUCAGUUUCACGGAGGAGUUCUUGCGUGCUGUCAAUGCAAUCAGUACCGCUGCUGAGAACCUGCCGGACUUCCCAGAGAACAUGGUCGACCUUGACGAGCUGGCACCCUGGACCCGUGAGCUUUAUGAGCACUGGAACCGUCAUGCCACGAUCGGCCCAGGAGAUAUGGAGCGAUUAGGAAGAGUGGAGACGUGGUUUUCAGACCACCUGAACUACCAAAGGUGCUACCACACCCGCAUCGCCAUCCUGGGCCCUGACGUGCAUCACUGGGAGGACCAGAUCAAGCAUCUUUGGCGUCAGCACAUCAUUCCUGAGGCUCCACUUGAAUUUCACUUGGUAGCACCAGUGCCAGAAGACGCAUCGGGACAAAUCAUUGGCCAACUCAUUGUUGUUCAGCGACCACAGCCGUAUCAACGUUCUAUUGUGCUGUCAAUUUAUGAUAGCGACUACGAUCGCGGCCGUGCGCACUCCCUCGCGCUGGUGAUGGCCGAUCGCAUUGACUUGUUCUCGGUGAUGAUUAUGGCCGAACUGACCGAGGAAUGUCCGCCCGAAGCACCUCGCAAUCAAUGCACCCUUUGGUAUGGAGCUCGCCAAUUUGCUCCCACUGAGCGCGCUUUUGCGAGACACGGCCAUGCGUUUCGCUUGGUACUUCAAAGGGCAGCUCCCAUACCAUCUUCAGCUCCAAUUACCACAAAUCUGGAGCGCAGGAUGGCUCAGAUCCCGAGCUCCUCGAUACUUCCGCCAUUUUUUGGACCUCAGGGUGCUUCUCCUCCUUGGAUUGCAGAACUUUCACGUGCAUUUCUAGAACAGGCGGCAGUUGAACGUGAAGAUGAAGGCCCAGUUGCAUAUGUGACUACAUGGUACAUCCAUGCUGUCCUUCGACCCAGCUGUGUCCAGAGCAGAGCCAUGCGACUUCGAGAUCAGCCUCAAGAAUGGCAACGCUCCAUUAUUGAGCGUUGGGGUGAUCAGACUGACAGCAUGUUGCCCACGUUCUUGUUCUGGAUUUCGCCAGCACCUCCUUCUUCACUGACUCACAGCACCAUCGGGCAUGUUCUAGUGGCACAAGGCCUUACACCGGACCAAAUUGCAGUCCUCAUCACUACCCGUGUGCGAGAUCAAGAAGGGCAAGCCAUUCACCAUGUUGCCACCUUCCUGCCCGCACAAAUUUCUGCAGAAAUGGUCGUUGGGGCUCUUGCACUCCCAGGGCCCUUGCGUCGCUUUCCUCGCAGAGUUGGACAUGGCCAAACAUAUUUGCAGCCUUAUGUGGUACAGCCCAUUCCGUCCGGCUCUUCCUUGGUUGUCGACAUUUUGGGCACCAACCCUGCUUUGCCGCCGGCUGAACCUCAAGUUGAUGAUGCACUCAACUUGUUGCAAACUCAUGCCAAACGCUCCAAGCAGAGGAGUAUCCGAGAGCUAGAGCCAUCGACCAUUCCAGCCUCUCGUGUAACAUUGUCAUUGGAGGCCUGCCUAGCCGUUGAUUUACCUUAUCAAGACGUUCAUCACGUCUUUCCGGAAACUUCGUGCUGGCAACAACCAGAUUGGCCACAGCUCCUUGCCGAGGUACAGCCGUCUUUUGCCAUGUUGCCCGAUGGUCUGAACCUGCAUGCGAGCACAUACUAUGCCCUCGCCCAACCUUCAAUGCCUGGUUCUACAGUACUCUAUGUUGAUGGGUCCGCACAUCGUCAGAGUGCUGCUUGGAGUGUCGUUGCCGUGUCCUCUGAUUGGACUGGCCAACCUUCCCUGAUCGGGUGCAUUGCAGAUACAGUACGGGUAGAGAACAAUGACCCCUGCUGGCUGGGAGCAACCCAUUUUGACAACAUUGCGGCCGAGCUUACCGCAGUCAGCGCUGCAAUGAUUGCCUGUUUGGGUCUUGAGCGUUCAUCGGUGAUUAUUCGCCCUGACCUCGCCCUCAGUGCACGAUUGGCCACACAUCAAUGGCACUGUGCAGCACAUCCGGUCCGUGGUCAUUGUGGAGAUCCUUGGAAUGAGCUAGCUGAUGCAGUCGCCAAACACUGCCUCAACACUCAACAGCCCAUUGGAACCUUGCAGAUGACUACCUUUUCCCAGUUGGCCAAGAGUCCAGAUCUCGAUUGGGCUUGGAUGUUGGAUGCACCUGACACUUUGCAUAGGUGCCUUCCACCAGGCUCCUCUGAUGGCAUAUGGCAAAUUCAACCUAGUCUUUUGAAGGUCCAGAGCCCUGCCUCCACGAAAGAAUCCCCCUCGUGGCAUCAAGUUUCCUUCACUUGCAUCAGCGCCAACGUUCUUGCACUUGGAGCCAGUGACCCAGGGUUGGAGCCAUCCUCUAGUUCGGACCGUGCCUUGCGUCUUGCCCACCAAUGGAGCCAACAAAAGGCUCACAUUAUUGGCUUGCAAGAAACCCGAAGAGCCGCCGGCAUUUUCCAAGCUGGUCCGUACAAAUGCUUUGCAUCCGGAGCUUUGCAAUGCCAACGUGCGCAUCAUUUUGGCUGUGAACUUUGGCUACACCAAGAUCUACCUUUUGAUGCUCAAGGCACCCUGAAGCUCUGUGACUUUCGCACCACCAUCACGCAUGCCGAUCCUCGACGUCUCCUUGUGAAUCUUGCUCAUGAUGAUUGCCAGAUGUCCUUUGCCGUGCUUCAUGUGCCCUGUAAGACAUCACAAUGCAGCAUUGAUGAGAUCCAGAAUUGGUGGAAAGAUACUCUACGGCUGAUUCGAGAUGCAUCCAUGGCCCCGUUGACUUGGGCCUUUGUUGACGCGAAUGCACCCUUGGCCUCAUGCACCACUGACCGGAUUGGCCUCGCAGGAGCCGAGCCUAUGAAUCCCACUGGCACAUUGUUUGAACAGGCCAUUGAUGAGUUACAAUGGUACGCGCCUACAACCAUGCCGUGGUGCCAUACCGGACCUCAUACCACCUGGAUGCAUCCUCGCGGCGCCAAAGCACGGCGAGAUUAUGUGCUAUGUUCAGCAGCAGCCUUCUCUCUCUGCGCCAGCAGCUGGGUUGAUGUUCAUCAUGACGGUGGAUUUGGACAUGAUGAUCACCUCCCUGUCUGCCUUCAAGUUAGUGGGUGGAUUGAGGCCACGAAAAGUAUGCCACCUGUACAUUGGGAUCCAAUGGCCUUCCUUGACCCUGUCAAAUGUGCAGCUUUUCAAGAAGCCUUGCAUACCCUUCCCAUACCUGCAUGGCCGGUUCACGUCGAUGCUCAUGCUGAUCAUUUUGAAGCCAAUCUCUUCUCCCUUGCCAAACAAUUUUUCUCCAAGCAGACCACAGACCGACCUCGACCUCGAUUGGCCGAAACCACUCGCAAUUUGAUAGCUUGGAAGAGAUCUUGCUUGGACUAUGGUCGCAAACAUGAUCUUAUGCACGAUCCGGAGUUCAAACAACAACUCAAGUUCAUCGAAGCAGACGUCCGGCGACGAGUACAUGCUGAUCAACGCCUCUUCUAUGAACAACUUAUCAAUCAACUUGCUGCAGCCGGUGAUCUGCAUGAUGCUCGCACGGUCUAUCGCACAUUAGAUCGUCUGGGAGCUCGCAAAUCCAAGCGCUCAGUUGGACGAGCAUUGCCUAUGCUUCGCUCGGCAGGGUGCCCUGUCACAUCGCACGAGCAGCAACAGCGAUUGUGGCUGACGCAAUUCGCUGAAGUUGAGGCUGGUUGCAUCAUGGCUCCGUCCGAAUUUCGGCGCACUUUGCCAUCAACACUGGGCCUGCCAGCUUCUGCAUUCGAUCUUCAGGCCAUUCCAACCUUGGCUGAUCUUCAGCAUCAAGUUCAUCGUCUGCGCCGAGGUAAGGCUCCUGGCCCUGAUGCAGUGCCACCAGAUGUUCUCAAAGCUGGCGGUGAACCUCUUGCCAAGCAAUUGCUGAUCCUGACGUCCAAAGCUGCCACGCAAGCUCGUGAGCCGGCAGCAUGGCGCACUGGUCGGCUUAUUCCAUUACACAAGGGCAAGCUACCCAGAGAUGAUCCCAAAGGCUAUCGCUCAAUCUUCCUCAACAACUUUACCACCAAAGUUUAUCACUCUGCGCUCCGCAAGCAAUUGGUCACCUCGUGGCAGACUGUGUUGACCCAUAUUCAGAUGGGAGGCAGACAAGGAGUUGGUUGCGAUUCAGCCCAUCAUUUGAUUCAAUCUCACUUGGCAAGGGCGGCUGCUCACAAAUUGCCGUCGGCAAUUUUGUUUGUGGACUUCAAAGCAGCAUUCUAUAGCGUCAUUCGUCAGGGACUAUUUGAGUUUCCCUUGGAUGCUACAGGCUUUGUUUGUGCCAUGCACCGCCUUGGAGUUCACCCACAGCAAGUACAGCAACUGUUGGAGGAUGCUAAGCAUGAUGUGGCCAUCCAGAACAUUUCGCCCCAUGCUACUGCUCUUCUGCGUGAUGUCCUCAGUGCCACAUGUUUUGAGAUUGAUGGCAUCUCAGAGGUUGCUGUGACUCAUAGAGGCACUCGUCCUGGAGAUCCAAUUGGUGACAUUGCCUUCAACCUCACGAUGGCAUUGAUCUUGAAGGAGGUGACUGGCACAAUGCAGAAGACUUCCGCAGUUUGGGCCGGUGAUCCUACUCCGGUUUCAGACUUUACAGUGACGCAGGAACCUGCCGUUCACUCCUGGGCUGAAGUGGCCUAUGUGGACGAUUUGGCUUUGCUGAUCAAUGCCCCCGACAACGACAUCUUGGCCUCCACUGCUGAGCAGUCGUUCAAAGCCGUCUUUGACGCUGCCCGCAAGCGCGGCUUAGAGCUUACCUAUGGGGCUGGCAAGACUGAACUCCUGAUGUCUUGGCGAGGUCCGCGAUCUCGGUUUUUCAAAGAGCAAGUUGCCAGCAGGCACAACCAGUGGAUUAUUCACAUGGACGAGCCUGAACUGCUGAUUGCUUUGCCGGUUGUCCUUGCGUACAAGCACUUAGGUACCUGGGUACACAAUGACGGCAAACCUUUACACGCAAUCCGUGAACGCAUCACUGCUGCACGCAAAGCCUGGGGCCCUUUAUGCAAAUCCUUCUUUGGCAAGCAUGGAGUUGCACCCAAAACAAAAAUUCAGGUCUUCAAUGCCUUGGUGAUGACUCGAUUUCUCUUCAAUGCACAUACCUGGAGUUGGCUUUCGUCUGACAUGAUUGACAUUUGGGAAGCUGGUUUGCGUCCGAUGCUAUAUCAACUUGCACGUCCUCACCUUCGUGGCCAACCACCCUUUGAGUGCGACGUCAACACGCUUUGUGGCCUUUGUGAGAUCUUGCCACCUCGAGCACAAUUGCAUUUAGCCAGGUUACGCUAUUUCAAGCGCAUGGUGACACAUUGUCCCGCAGCUCACUGGCUUGCCCUUGCUCAGGUGCGCAACAUGGAUGGCUCAUGGCUUUCAUUAUUGCAGGAUUCUUUUCAUUGGUUUGCUACCUUCAGCCACCGCAAAUUUGGGUUGACGGUCGACUCCACCUGGUCGGACUGGCUUACGGUAGUGCAGAUGGAUGGUCAGUGGAAGGGUCAUUUGAAAAGAGCCACAAAGUCGUGUAUUGCUUAUCAUCAUGCCAACGCCCAGACUUGCGUGUGGCAGAUGUGGUUACGAAGAGCUCUCAGGACAUCUGGAGUUGAGAUGCCAGUUGCUGUUGUUUCUCCUUCUCAGCAGCAAUGGCGUUGUGGCAUUUGUAAUUCCCUUUUUGAUUCUAAAAGGGCGCUUGCAAUGCAUGCCGCUCAGAAGCAUGACUAUCAAGCCGUUGUGAAGCACUUUGCGCUAGAUGGUAUGUGUUCGAACUGUGGCAAACUUUUUCAUUGUCGAGCCCGACUUUGCGCGCACCUUCGACAUUCGGAAGAUUGUCUUCUCCGCAUUAGAGCUGCGUUUCCGCCCUUGCCAGCCGACGAGCUUGCUGCUUUGAAUGAGGCGGAUCGAGUUAGUGCUCGUGCGUUGAAACAGCAGGGUUGGCUUCCCACCAAGGCUUGCCUUCCAGCAGUUCGUGCAUGCGGGCCCUGCCUUCCCCCACCUUCUUCUGAAGAUGCGGACAUCCUCCUUCAGAAGUGGCGUCACCGCCUUGGCUAUGAUGGGUGUCGUCUCUUUGACGGUUUGGAAGGAUUUUGUGAACAUCCUGAUGACAAUGUACGGUUGCUGCCCGGCCCACCGGAAUGUGACCAGCCUGCAGACACCAUGCCAUUCAUCAUGCAUUCCGUCACUGGAUCCGAACAUGGACAAGAUGGAUGCUUUUCGAUGACUGGUCUUGCUCGGAUCUAUGCGCAGCUGCAUCUGAAGACUUUGUGCUUCGUACAUUUUUAUUCAGGAUUCCGACGUGAAGGUGACAUCCAACACCAGAUCGAGAACCAUAUCAUUCAAGGACAUUUUCAUGUCUUCUGCAUCAGCAUUGACUUUUGCUUGCAGGGUGACGCUGGCGAUUUAACCACAAGUCGCAGUCGUGCUUUUUGGACGGACAAGAUCAAAAAUGGCGCUAUCUUUGGUGUCGGAGGGGGGCCGCCCUGCGAGACAUUCACCGCUGCGCGCCUGAUGGAGGGCGGCCCCCCUCCGGUUCGAAGCUUUGAUGAGCCGAACGGCCUGCCGUCCAAUACAGCUAGACAGUGGCGCCAAACCCAGCUUGGAACGAUCCUGAUGCAGUUCCUUAUGGAGAUGGUUUUUUGGUGUGCCCGCCUUGGGGGGUGCUCGUUUUUAGAGCAUCCGGCCUUCCCUUUGUGGGCGCAACGCCUUCGCCCAGCGAGUACGUGGACGUCUCCAUCAAUGCGCUGGUUGAAGCGAUUGCAUUGCUCCACCUUUGUCACGUUCGACCAAUGCAUUUAUGGUUGCGCAGGAAUGAAGCCGACCACCUUCAUGCUGGUACGAAUGCCGUGGCUUCGAACCUCCAUCCAACGCCUUGGACGCUGCGGUAGAUGCCCUCACCCGAAGGGAUUUCACGAAGCUCUGAAAGGGCGUGAUGCCAGUGGCAAUUUCAAAACGGCGAUUGCCAAAAUCUAUCCUGCUGCUUUGAAUUCGGCAAUUGCUGACGCAGUUGCAAUUUUUGUGCAGCAGACCUUUUUUGGUUGUCCUCCUCCAGCACAGGCCAUGGAGGCAGAACUGCUAGAGCUUAGCCAGAUGGAUUUUGUUUCCAGAGAAGUUGUACAGCCGGACUUUUACCUGGAUUAG